AUGAUGACACGACGCUUUCGUGAGCUUGAACAGGAGAGUGGCACUCACGUGGUGGAACAUCUGGACGCGUUUGACGAGCUGGUGAAGGCCAAGGACAUCAUCCCGAUCAAAGUUAAGGAGAAGCUGUUGAAGGAAUCAGACCGGCUACAAAAAAAGGAAGCAAGUGAGAAAGCGUUCCGCGCCACAGACAGUGAUAGACGGAUUAAGGGUAGACAUGGAAUUGGUCGCAAGAAUUACGCGCCACGAAAGGACGGCGCUUUUUAG